AUGGAAGAUGCUUGUGAUCGUUGUAUCGCAAUUCUGCAGCUUCAAGGCUUGGUCGCAGCUGCGUCAUUUGCGGUGUGUCUAUUCACCUGGUGCAAGCUCAGGCACUGCUGCGACUUGACAGAGUCGUUACAGCAGGAUGAGAGCUCUGACAACAUGUGCACGUCCAGCGCGACGACGCCUAACAAAUCUGCUGUGUCGAGCGCGGUCUACGCUGCCGAUGACAUGGCACUCGUAGAGCACCUCCUCCGACUGCGUAGCGAAACAGCGUCCGCAGACAUCAGGCGAAAAAUUGGGAAACAUGCCAACGCCUACGCUGACAAAACUGAACAGUGUAAUUCGGCACUGUCGUACGAAUUCGCCGGUAUUUACGGAUCGGAUAAAGUGCAGCAGGCUGACGCCUCCAGGAUCUUAUCAGCUCUUGGAAAAAUAGCAAACCUGAGGCACAUGGAUAUGCUCGUUCUCCUCAAAGGCAUUGAUCCAUUGGUGUUAAAAGCGUUCGAGCCAUUAACUGUACUCUCCGUGCUGUGCAUUAUGUUGGCGGAAGGAGGGGCGCCGGAACCAGCUGAUAUACUCACAUUUUUCACCGAACACGAGAUCGAUAUCCCAACCGCCCUGGGCGCAGCGACAACCAUAAACUGCUUGAUUGGGCGAUCCAACAUAAGCGCAUCCGAGGUGAUGGAAGCCGUGGACGCCGUUAACUCCGCCGCCGUCAGGCGUUCAUCGCGGAUUAGAAGAAUUAAAAAAUCACCAUGA